AUGCCAAAACAACACCCAACAGGAAGAAAAUUCUCUCUGCCAUUACCCUCGUUCAAAAGUAGACGCGGAGAAGAAUCCGAUGAGUCUUUCAUGUUCAAUUCGUACUCGUCUUCAUCUUCCAACCUACAACCUCCACAUCAAUCAAAUGCCAUGUUCAUUCCCAUCCCAACCAAAAAACAAAACACAGAUUCCCAACCAUCGACAUCUCCCAAAAAGAAUUUCUUUUCAAAAACACCUCCUUCUUCCACAUCUCCAAAUUCCUUGACUCCAAAUUCUUUAACUCCAAAUUCUCCAAUUCCAAACUCGAAUGGACCUCUUUCUCCGAGAAUGUCCACAAAUAUUGAUUAUGAUGAUCAUGCUGUGGUGCAUGUAAAUGGAAAGACCCUUCCUUUGAAAAAGAUUUGUUUUUUAGGAUGUUGUGGAAGUGGAAAAUCAACUCUGUUCCGACAAUGUGAAAUGAUCUUUGGAGAAGCAUGUCAUGCAAAAGCAGUGGCAAGUUCCAAAUUAUUUAUUCAACAGAAUUUAGUGGAAGUGUUGAGAGUUUUCUUUGAGGGAGUGUUGAAAGAACAAAAAGAUAAGAGUGUGGCGAUUGUGGAUUGGAAUGUGUCGCAGAAAAUGAAAACAUUUUUAAAGAGACAUAGUUGUGAUAAAAUGUUAGGAGAUCGAAUUGUGGAUCCAAGCACAUGGAUGGAGUUAUUGAGAGAUGAGAAGGUGCGGAAUGUGUUGAAUAAUUUACAUUUGUAUAGUGAACUCAAUUUUUCAAUUUCUAACUGUAUUGAAUAUUAUGUCCAAGAAUUUGCCAGAUUGACAGCUGACAGCUAUACACCAACCGAGGAGGAUUAUGUGAAAUUUGUCCAAAAGACCACUGGUGUCGUACGAAAGCAAUACAAAUAUAAUGACAUUCCCUUCGUAUUACUCGAUGUUGGAGGAAAUCGAUGUGAAAGAAAAAAGUGGCCUGCAGUUCUCAAAAGUUGUCAAGCUCUCUGUUAUGUCAUUUCUUUAGCAGAAUUUGAUGAAUCUUGUUGGGAAGAUCCUAAAACUAAUCGUUUUAAAGAGUCAUUAACGACGUUUCAAGAAUUGUUGAAUGGUGAACACAUUAAGAACAAGGAUGUUUUUGUUGUUUUUACUAACGUGGAUCGAUUUAAACAGAAAAUCGUUCAGGAAAACCGAUUAAGCAUUCUACGAUCUGUCAUGCUACCAGCUUCCAUAUCUGUGGAUAUUUCUAGUGAUAACCAAGUCGAUGAACUCAUUCAGAUUAUUGUGGAUCGAUAUUUAGAAAUGGAUCUAGAAGGACAAAUUACAAAACAUUUCAUGAUCAAUGCAUUGGAUCGACAAGAUGCCAAAAGUCAAAUGUCAGAAAUACUUGAUUCAAUUCUGAUUAAAGAUGCGUAA